ACAGCCAUCCAUUCAAGCCAAGCCAAGCCAAGCCGACAACCGUAUUGGUAAUAUAAAACGACAAUAAUCAAUCAUCGAUGACAAACGAACAAACAAAAAAAAGGUCAACCUAUCCAUCCAUCAAAUGAAACAUUAAGUUUGUGUUCAAAGAAAAAAGAAAAGAAAAGAAACUAAAUUUUUUUUCUCCAAAAAGAUUGAUUCGAUAAAUAAUUCUGUUAAAAAUGUAUGAAUCUGAAUGGAAACGAUUUUUAGUUGUUGUUUUUGGCCUAUUAGAAAUUCUUAUAUUUAGUGGUACGAUACUUGGUUGGACAUCAUUAAAAUUGAUGCUUAAAAAUGAAGGCAUCUAUGAUUAUCUUUGUAAUGAUAUCAAUAAUAAUUCUUCUGCAACAAAAACAAUCCCAUCAUCAUCGUCGGUCAUUAUCGAUAAAGAUAAUGAUGAUAAUGAUGAAAUGUUAAUGACAUCCGAAUCAAAUAAGCAAAAUAUUCUGCCAUUCACUAAUAGUGCCAUACCGAUCAAUCCAAAAUCAUUUUCAUCUACAUCAUCAACAAUCAGACGAUUACCAAAAAAUUUUACAUUAAAAGUGAAUUUUACAUUAAUCAAUAAUGAUUCAUACAACAAUAAUGUUAAUAAUACUGAUAAUGGUAAUGAUGAUCAAACGGUUAUAGUCAUACCGUUUGAGACACAGGGUACUUAUAAUCAUAGUUUUAUCUAUCAACUAUUAAAUGAUUCAUCAUUAAUAUUAAAAUCUAAUGGUAAUGAUAAUUUUGGUGACAUUAAACUGGUAACUGAUCCUUCAAAAACAAAAUCCACAUUUGAAAAUUAUCUGGAUUUAUAUUUACGAGAAAAUUUCCAACCAUCGUUAUCAUCGACAAUAAUGAAUCAGGGUUGUAAACAACAAGAAGUAACACUUAAUCUUGCCUUUUCGAUUGGAUCAUUCUGUAUGGGUGCAGCUGCAUUUAUAUGGGGAUUUUUACUUGAAAAAUUAGGCUUAAGAACCGUACGACUAAUUAUCAAUGCCAUGUUUGCAUUAGGUGCAUUUAUUCUUUGUUUCAUUGCCAGAGGAAGAGAUUGGCUACUAUUUCCUGCUUUAUUAAUAAUGUCGUUGAGCGGUGUACCGAUUCGUAUAGCUAAUAUGCAGAUAUCAAAUCUUUAUCCAUCAAAACGAUCGACAAUUAUAUCGAUCUAUUCGGGUGCAUUUAGUGCAUCAUCAAUUAUAUAUGUUAUCCUACAAUAUAUUUAUGAUAAUAGCGGCAGGAAUUUUUUCUGGAUACAAUUGAUUUUGGUUAUUCUAAGUUUGUUUACCAUACCGUUCACAUUGUUUGUAUUACCAAGCGAUAAGGUUCGAGAACCGGAUAAUAAUAAUAAUAAUAAGAAAAAUAAUAAUCCAAUUUUGAAUGAUGAUUUUACAAAAUCUCAUCAACAAAAUAAAGCCGCAUAUUAUCCUGCCAAUAUUGAUGGUCUUUUAUUUUCGAAUAAAAAAUCAUCCUCAUCUGAAGAAAUUAAGCCAUCCAUUCAGCUACAGAAUUUCAAAACAAUCGGAUCGCCUACAUUGAUGCGAAAAAAGGUGAAUAAUGGUUUUGUAAAUGAUGCAUUUGAACCAGAUAAUCAAUCGAUUGAAAAUGUAAAUCCAUCAUCACAUUCUUUGUCACCGGUGUUAAAAAAAUCACCACCACUUAGGAUUUCUCUUCGUACCAUACCAUAUAAUCUUCAUCAGCUUUGGUUUUCAUGGAUGAUUACCUAUAUGGUUAUGUAUGUUGGAUCAUUAGAUUUAUGGACUAAAAGAGUUACAGAAGAUCGUUCAAGUCAAACAUUAUUUCUUAACCUUUAUGGAGUUGUUCAAGUGCUUGCUUUAGUUGUAUCACCUAUUGCCGGUUUAUUAAUGGAUUGGCAACUAAGUAAAACAAUCAACGAAAAAGAUGAAUUGGAAAAACGUGUUCAACAAGCACAAUCAGGAUUUUGGCCAUUAUUUAUAACAUCAUUUACAUUGUUAAUUUGUGUUUUAUGCCAUUAUUUUGAUCGUGAAGAAUUCAUCUAUGCAUCUAUUGUGUUCGUUACUAUUUAUCGUUCAUUUUUAUUAGCUGUUGGUUCAGCAUUCUUACGAAUUCGAUUUCAUGCGGAUCAUUUUAAUCAAUUACUAGGCAUAAUGAGUUCGAUUAGUGCUGUGAUCUCUUUACUUCAGAUACCAUUAUAUUCAUGGGAAAAAAAUUCGGAAUCAAACGUUAUCUAUGUAAAUAUUGUGAAUACUGCAAUUGCAUUUGUAAUCAUGAGCAAUCCAAUCUAUUUGUUAAUCACGCCAUUACAACGAUAUUUUAUACGUAAAGAAAAUGAUCAAUUGACAAAAUUUUUGAAUUAUUAAAUUUACUUGAUUUUUUUUUGAAAAA